GUCUAAGGUUAGAGGUCACAGGUUAGAUGCUGACUGAUCACGAAGUUUUGUGUUUGUGAUAUUUUUGUCCGGAGUUUUACCAUAUUUUACAGAACAAAUGGAGAAGAAAGGAAGCGAGUUGGACUGCAAGGGGUCCAGUAACAACCUAUGGCUUGUGAAGGUGCCAAAGUACAUGUCUAACAAAUGGAUGACAGUGGAAGAUGGGGAGGUGGGCACUCUCAAGAUCAACAGGAGACCAGGAGCUCCCAAGCCAGAGGUUAUUUUCUCCUUGAAGGAGGAUCUUGCCCAGAGGGAUGAUGGGAAAGGUAACUCUGAGGCUCCACGCGAGCACAAGUUUGUUCUGUCCGGCACGGCGGGCCAACCAAUGGGAGUGUUCUCACAGACGUCCACAGUGAGUUCCCCUCGAAAACCCCGCAAGGAGUUUACCCCCGAUGUCUUACCCCGUCACCAUAAACUUGUGUUCUCGGGAGUUUCCAAUCAGUCCCUCAUGGUCUUCUCUCAAACCAGGAGAGCAGAUGAGGCUGGCUCAUCAAAUGGAGCCUUGGCUCUAGAGGGAAAGGUAGCACACAGAGUGGACUGUCGGCCAGUGGGAGGGGAACACUACAUGAAGCUGAAAAGAUUACAGGUUUUGGAUGCAAUGACCCCAAUGAGAACAACCAUGGCACUAGAUAGAGCAGUCACAAACAACUACAAACCUGUCGCCAACCAUGCUAACAAUUUGGAGAUUGAGCGAAGAAAAAAAGAAGACGGGAAGCGAGCGCGGGCGGACCCUGAGAAAGUCCAGGAGAUGCUGUUCUCUGCCUUCGAGAAGCACCAGUACUACAACAUCAAAGAUCUGGUGGAGAUUACUAAACAGCCUAUUCAAUACCUGAAGGAGGUUCUGAAGGAGAUAGCCACUUACAACCUGAAGGCUCCUCACAAGAACACUUGGGAGCUGAAGCCAGAGUACAGACAUUACAAAGGAGGGGAGACACCCAUGGAACAGUCUUAAGAACCUUAGAUGGCAUAAUUCUCCCCUUUUCAUAUAUGAGUUAUACCGUUAUGCCCGAACUGUUCCUUAUAACCCUUUGUAAUGCUUAGGUCACAUUUCCAAACCGGGGCUCGGCCAGGAUGUUUAAAGAAACAAGAAAUUGAAAAUGUAUACCUAGAAAUAUGCACAAAGUAUGCCCAAGGUUUUUAUGUUGACAUUUUGUGUAUUGUGAUGUCUUUUACAUCAUUCUUUUUGCUCCCGAAAGCUGCAUGGCCGGGCCCCGGUUUGGAAAUGUGACUGUCUUAAGCCUUACUUUAAUAAACCCUUACGUUUUGACGCCCGUAUGUUCCCCAUUACAGCUAUGUUCCAACGCCCCUAUGUUUUGACAUCAGUUAUUCAAUGCCUGUAUGUUCUGGCACCCCCUAACCCUAACAAUUGAGCUGUCAUAAUGUAUGAGAUGUCUU